CUUGCACCCAGCCCAUCAAAAGGCAACCCACUGCUUUGUUCACCGUAUCAUUCGAAUAUAGCAUCGACAUUCAUUCUUGCUCCCGCACUCCCUUCUUCGGAGUCAUGAGCUUUGCACACGCACAGAUGAUGCAGUCAUCAUGCCUUCCGCGAUAGUAAAGACAAAUAAGACCUCGACCUCAGUCCUCCAAGAAGGCUCCCCUCACCGCUCCCGUCGUGCCUCAUUGCAGGUGUUGAAUCGAAACAUCCAUCAGGUUAUCCUGGGAAAUCUGCUGUUCGAUGCGUGGUAUUAUUCGCCCUACCCUGACAGUAUCAUUCUCCCACAACCAGGUGGCGGCUCAGCAACAGCAGACGUGAGAAAUGGCCACUCUCACAGCCAUCUGGGAGCAUAUCACAGUUCGAUAAGGGGACAGGAGCCAAUCUGUCGCCUCCUCCAUGUUUGCCCGUGCUGUUUUCGCUACACGCCCCUGAAAGAACAAUUCAUCCAACACCUUGAUCAUCACCGCCAUCUCCGCUCUCAAAACCUUGAACCAGACCAACCUGUCCCGCAAUCCGCAUUCAAAGUCUACGAAUGGGAAGGGUAUGCGGUCUGGGAAAUAGACGGUGAGAGGGAGAAACUCUAUUGUCAGAACUUGAGUCUGUUCGGGAAGUUGUUCCUGGAACAAAAAAGUGUCUUCUUUGAUACUGCGGGAUUCAAGUACUAUGCUUUGACAUACACGAAGCCUGAAAAUCCCCCAUCGCCAGUGUCUGCGGCGACCAAGACCCGAGGACAGAAACAACGAAGCACGUCGGCGAAUGCGCUAGAGGAAGACGACGCGCUCUACAGUACACGUGUUUUGGGAUUCUUCUCCAAGGAGAAUCUCUCGUGGGACGCAAACAAUCUCGCGUGCAUAUUGAUCUUCCCUCCUUUUCAACAUCGGCAACUAGGUCAACUGUUGAUGGCAGUAUCGUACAAGCUUAGCGGAUGGGAAUGGGAAGGCGGGGUAAUUGGCGGUCCUGAGAAGCCCUUGAGUGCAAUGGGCCGGAAGUCAUACCUAAGGUUUUGGUCCGAACGCAUUGCGCGGUUUCUGAUGGGCCAGACCGCAGAUGCUGAUGCACAAAGAGUUUUCGACCAAGCCAAGGCCAAUGGCAGGAAUAGAAAGACAGUUCAGCCGAGAAAGGAGGAGAUGACGAUCAAGGAAAUUGGGGACAGAACCGGAAUGCUGGGAGAGGAUGUAGUCGCUGCGCUGACGGAGAUGGGUCUGUGCAAAGUGAUGGUGCCCAAAAGGAAGAAGGCAAAGUCUUCCACGCCUGAGGCGAACGGGAUCGCAUCCGCAAGUCUCGCUCAUGCGGCGGAAAUUGACCCUGAGGAACUGGCAACAGUGGUCAUCCAUCGCUCGAAAAUUGUGGAGUGGGCGGAGAAGAACGGCGUUGACCUGAGAAGUCCCGUUAAGGAAGAAGGAUUCCUGGGCGAGUGGGCACUGAGUGAUCAUGCUGAAUCCGACAACAACAGUCGGAAUGCCUCUGGCGAGGAAGAUAGCGAAGCUUAAUGAAUGUGCCUAUUCAUGCAGGAGGAUGUCCUCGGAGAAGGAGUCUCCCAGUGUACAGAAGCCCCAGCUUGCUGAAGUGUCCGAUUGCGGUUUCAAACCACAAUAGUGCUGUCUCCUGUUGGCCAGUAUCGUCG